UCUGCGGAAGAGUUGAGUAGUGAGUUUAGGAUUCAACUCAAUGUUCAUGCGUGUGGCUACAACUACGGAAUAAAAUAAGGACUCUAAUGGCCGGUUUAUUUAUUUCAUUUAAAGGGACCAUGUAGUGAAACGUCACCAUUUGAUGCCCUGUUCCAGAUUAAAGCUUUGAAUAAUUUGUCCCUCUGCAGUCAUAACAAGGACAACACAAUGAGAAACAUUAAUGGGUGAAGAACAAAAUACUAAACCCUGAACCCUGUUGUGAGGUUUGGGUUUCGCUGCAUGUGUUCACAUGCUCGCCAAGAGAAAGCUUCAGUGUUUUCUUUUCAUAUUCCGGCUGAUGCAAAUUUUAAAAAGGCAAAGCAGUAUUGUUGGGUUUUUUUGUGCGGCAUGAAAGGAAGACAACUGCAUUUCUUUUUGCAACCACGCGUUGGCCAGAAUUACCUAUUCUAAUACAAUAAAAUGACAUAUAUUGGUUGUAGCUAUAUUUUAAAGGUAUAGUUGCUGCUUACUAUUUUAAUCAUUCUGAUUACUUCUACCACUGGUGGCAUCGUACUCUCCAUACGAGGACAGCGCAUGAAGGCUUUGCUGCACCACACAGCAGGUGGUUCUGACACAGGUAACACAGCUCCAUCCACUUAUCUCAACAAAGAACUAGUUCUCCUCCAGUCAGUGUGGAUGUUGCUGAUAUUUUUGAAUAAAAGAAACACGGAUAGCUUCCAAAGUCAGGAGGCCCAUCUCGUUUGUCAGCGGUUAGCUUUCCGUUUGCUCAAUUGCUAAUUGAAAAAAACAGGGAAAUGGACACGGAAUCAAAGGCCCUGAAAGCUAAAGUCAUGCUAUGGACGGAUGUCAGCUACCAUGAGAUGGAGGAGAUGGACCAAAUGCAGUCCAUUCCUGAUCUGGAGAGGUGUUUAUGCAGCGUGUUGGGAGUCCACCUCCCUGAACCCAAAAGAGGAGUUCUGCUGGAGAUGUAUGUCCAGGCCGUGCUUUUUGGCAGAGAGUGCAACUUUAAAAAGGAACAAACCUCGGCUCUUUUGUCCAUCAUGAAGUCUAUCCAUGAGGCUAAUAUAGAAACUCCACUUAACAACAUAGAACAGUGUGUGGAAUACGCCAUGGAUCUACUUCUCUGUCACUCAGUCAGGCGCCCCCCCUUCAGUAUCAACAUCUUCAGCUUCGAGGAGGUGGGAUGUAUAUUAAAAUACAUCCACAACAGCUAUGUGAGACAUUACAAACUCUACAAAUAUAUUUUCACCAAACAGGUAAAACUGGAUUUAUCUCUAACUUACUCAGACCAGGAUGAACCCACCAAGACGGAUUCCUCCGCUCCAGAGGUUGAAAAUCUGAUGGAAAAAGCAACAGAAGCCGCACCAACGACAGAAAGUUCUCCUCAAACAGAAGAAGCAGAAGGAACCAAACUUGGUUACUCAGAACAGGAGGCCCUGACUGAGCACGAGGUCAGAGAGCAGAUGGUGCUGGUGUAGAAUAGAAAAAUAAAUAGACAGAAAUAAAAUGAAAGAUAUUGCAGAUCAUCAUUUGACCAAUAAAGCUCAAACCUUAGUUUUAUUAUCAAUAAAACUUUGUUUUUUCAUAUA